AUGUCAGCAUACGGGAACCAAUACAAGAGCGGUUUCGGCGGCCAAAACGAUGACGGCGGUGGCUUUUUCGCCGGUAGCUCUCAACAGGGCAGCCAAGGUGGUGCACAAGCCAAACAGGAAAAGUCGCUGCGUCCAGUGACCAUAAAACAAGUUCUGGGCGCCGAACCCAUCCCAGGCGGCGAGCAUUUCAAGAUUGACGGCGCAAAUAUCGAUCAGAUCACUAUUGUCGGACAGGUCCGCAGCAUCAGUGCACGACCAACGCAUCUACUGGCUCAACUGGACGAUGGCACUGGUCAGGUUGAAGUACGCAUGUUCACCAAUGAAGAAGCCAAGGUGUCGGAGGAUUCAUACGAGCCCAAUUCUUUCGUUCGCGUCUUCGGCAUUAUCCGAUCCUUCAACGAUAAGCCUUCGAUCACUGCCUACUCUAUGCGAGCAGUACCCGACUACAACGAAGUAAAUUACCACCUUCUCGAGGCUACCCAUACCCACCUCUUCUUCACCAAAGGCCCCCUUGAUCAGGAAGGACGUGCUGGCAACGAGGAGCCGAGCAUGUUUGUUGGCGGCGCUGGAGGCGGAGCAGGCGGUGCUAGCGCGGGCAAUAACUCGGACUCGAGAUUAGGGAACUGCUCUCAGAACGCGCGAAAGUUCUUCAACUUCCUCAGCAACGUGCAAGGUAACGAGGGCGCGAACAUCAACGCUAUUGCAAACCAGCUCCAGUUCACCAUGAGCGACGCGCUGAAGGCAUCCGAGGAGCUAUAUAGCCAGGGUGUGAUUUAUAACACGAUUGACGACGAAACUUGGGCUAUUCUGGAAUAUGAUUAA